ACUCUCGAGACUCUUGUGGCAAUUGCAGCAUUGGCUUCUUGUGGUGCUAUCUGUUCACUAAUUCCUUCAAGAAAGCAGCAUCAUCAUCUACACCUAUUAAUGAGUUGUAUUUUAGUAGUACAAAUUCUGAACCUAGUUUGAAUAAAUACAACUUGAAGUUAAAUUCAUGGAUGGAAGACGGUAUGUGGCUACGUAUGGAAGUUUCUUCAGCAGUUGAUGGUGGAAGGUGGCUAUAACCUAAUUUCAAACAAAUCAACUUGACUUGAAGUUAAAUGGCUGGAUGAAUGGUGGGUGUAUUAUGAUUUUGUUGCAGUUGGAGGUAUAACAUUAUGUAAUAGUUAUAACUAAAGACUUUACUAUAAGAGAAGGAACUGCUGUUAGCUAAGGCAUCUUGUGAUGCCUGGCUGUUAGCGGUUUUGAUUCAACGGUUUCCCAUGCUUUUUACUUACAUUUAUGUAUUUUUGUUUGAAUUUAGCUCUCCGUAUAAAAGCUGAACUUUGUUUCUGCAGGGAUCAAUUCAGGCGGGCUAUUGUAAAGCAUGGUCGUGCUGAGUUUCUUAGUAGGUCUCCAAGAACCUAUCCUAAAGAGAAGUUGUGGAAUAGUCCAAUAAGUCCGCCGGCAUGGUCAAACUCUCCUGUUAGAGGUGUACUUUCAUCCUCUACCAGUUCAGGGACGAAACCAGGAUUACUACUCAACUUUCCACAAGAAACGUAAUCGGAAGAAGUUUACAAAGCAAGAGUGGGAAGAUUUCACUCGAGAAUCAACCCGAAAAGCUAUGGCAGAACUAGCAGCAACUCCAGCAUUCAUUGACUGGGUCAUUGAGCGUGCAGACCGUAUAAAGCUCAUUUCAAAUGACAGUACAGAUGAAUCAAUUGGGAGCAAAUCGAGUUCUAUAAACGAAGAAGCUGAAGAGAGCAGCAGUCAGUUUAGAUUCUUUAGUUGGAAACCAUGAAGUUGAAGAUAGCAUUAACCCGGGAAUUACACAAGAACAUGCUAAAUUAGCAUCAAAUUUAGGAAAUUUAGCAGCCAUUUGCCAAGUGCAAUAUCUCAGCUUCGAAGAAAUUUAGCAGCCAUUGGACAUUUUCCAGAAAAUUAACUAACCAUGUAAUGCAUAAGAUGUUAUCAUUUGAUGUAACUUGAGUAAUGUACAGACGAAGCUAGGUGAACUGCGAGCACGUAACUUUUUUUUUGGUAGAUGUAGAUUAGAUUUGUAAUGCCAUUUGUUGCAAUAUUUUAUGGGGCUUUACCUAAGAGCACGAAAUCAUUCAACAAACUCAUCAUGAAUGC